CUUGGCUCAAACGUCGACUUCAUUGAGAUUCCACUCAGCAUCAUCUGUCCUGCAGCCACUCUGGACUUAUCCAAGUCUGCGUCUUCCACCUUGGAAUCAACCUCAGAGAGGUAGACAUUAGUAGCACUAGUCUGACGAUGUCACAAACCUUUCUGGAUCUACCGCUGGAGCUCCUCCCGGUAAUCAUGCAACAGCUUGUCCGGCCCAGCCACUUCGCAGCUCUCUGUCUAGUCAACAAGGCGUUCUACACGUUCGCAAUCCCGUAUCUGUAUGAGCGGGCGUUCAUUUACGCUUGGCAUAAGGAAGGAAAGGCGAAGGUGGUUAGGUUGUUCCGCACCCUUAGUUCGUGUCCACACCUGGCUAAACAUGUUCAACGACUAGAAAUACGAGACUUCCCAAAGUCCUUCUACGUCGUCGAGCACGAAGCGACGCUCCAGCUCUGCCUCUCCGGCAUCAAGAACUGCGUCAACCUCCGCUCGUGCACCUGGACGCGCGACGGCUCGCUGACUACAGAGAUCCUCGAGGCACUCCUCCCGUGCGCGCACCUCGAGGAGCUCGAAAUCAACGGCAACCACGAGAACUACUACGAUCCGUGGUUAUUGAGGAAAUUCACGCACUUGCGGCGGAUAUCGUUGAUCAUGCCGAGACAUGCCGUUACUGACGUGCUGCCAACCUGGACGUCAGCUACUGGAGGUGUGCUGAGGCAUUUGACCAUUCUGUGCAAGACACCGGGUACAAUAAACGACGCGAUCUUGCAAGAAAUGGCUCCGAAUAUACCCAAUGUGGAACGCCUGUACAUUGCGGGUUGUGUCAAGGUCACAGAACACGGCAUCUGGGCGAUAAUAGCCCAGAACACUCAUGGCCUACUCGCAUUGGGCAUGGAAGGCCUCUCACCGUCGUUUGAUAUGGCCAACUUCAGCGACCUAUGUGCAAGACACAACGCAUUGGCGCGGUUGCGCUCGAUCACGCUGACUGUCGACGGUUCACCGACGUGGAAAACGGACGUCCUUUCCCUGCUCCACCCCGCACCGCUGGAACAGUUCCACAUCUCCACGAUCGGCGGGGAUGUCGGCCCUGCCUUCGGCGAAGAGUUCUGCAACGCGAUCGUAGACCGGCACGGAAGACGCUUAAGGCGGUUCAGCGUGCACAGGCUGAGGAUGAACCUGGCCAGUGUCAAUUAUAUCUGCCGGGGAUGCGAGCAGCUUGAACAACUGUUUGUCGUGAUUGAGCAAGGGUCGUUGGGCAAACUGGGUCCCAUCCUCGCUCAGGCAAGGGGUUUGCGUGCCGUGCAUGUGAACCGUCCCCUCGAUCUCGGAUCGGAGGACGUACCCAUGAUCGCGCGGGAUCAGAUCCUCAGCAUCGUUAAGCAGAGUGGGCCGAACCUCAUGCAGUUUGGCUACAACACGCGUGUCUUCCAGGUUGAGCGGAUUGUGCGCAAGAAGGAGGACGGCUCGCUGGAAUCGGAGACUCGGUUGGGCCCGUACGAAAGCCCAGAAGUUCCGGAACAGUUCCUCGUUGUGCGCACCUGAGCAUUGCUGGCUGCUUCCUGGCUACUUCACGCUCGCUAGAAUGUCGCAUUACCUCCCCGUCAGUCUUCAUAGAAUUCAACUCUGUUCUCUUCCGUGCUGCAUCGUUCUAAUGGUGAAGAGACCCGUUGGGCACUGCAUACGGAUUGACGUCAGAGGUCGUGACAACGUCGUGACUCCCACUGCCGCCCGAGCGUGACCUCGGCGGAAGGAUCGUCGAAAGCAACGUGCGUUGGAAUA